CCCAGGCAGUCAAGGCCGCCAUCCCGGGUCUGCUGCGCGGCGCGGCCAGACAGAGGGGCGCCAAGAUGUCUUCGGUGCAGACGUCCCGCAGACAAUGGUGCUACUUGUGCGACCUGCCCAAGAUGCCGUGGGCCAUGAUCUGGGACUUCAGCGAGGCCGUGUGCCGCGGAUGCGUCAAUUUCGAGGGCGCCGACCGCAUCGAGUUCCUCAUCGAGACGGCCAGGCAGCUCAAGAGGAACCACGUCCUGCAGGAAGGGCGCUCGCCGGGGCCACAGGGCUCCAAACACGCCAAGGAAGGCGGUGGCGCCUCAGGGGCCCUGGAGAGAUAUGAGCGGGGACGCCUUUCAAGCGGUGGAGGAGGAGGAGGAGGCGACUACGCCCUCAGCCCCCGCUUGCCCAACGGCCUGGCACGUGCCUCCGACGAGGGCGAGGGCAGCCGGCAGAGCCCCACAGCCAGGAGGGCGCUGAUCGGCCCUGUGCCGCCCAGCCUGGUGCCCCAGGGGCUGAUGGGGGCCCCUCAGGGCCUGCUGGCCGCCGUGUCGGGCCUGGGGGGCCGCCCGGCCUCUCUGGCCAUGGCGUCGCCCAUCCUGGGAGAGCUGGCCAAGCCGGCGAGGGCGGCCUACGCCGACUACGAGAAGGAGAAGCAGCGCAACGCCGAGUGCUUGGCCGAGCUGAAUGAGGCCAUGCGCGGGCGGGCCGAGGAGUGGCACGGCAAGCCCAAGGCGGUGCGCGAGCAGCUGCUGGCCCUGUACGGCUGCGCGCCCUUCAACGUGCGCUUCAAGAAGGACCACGCGCUGGUGGGGAGGAUCUUCGCCUUCGACGCCGCCCCCCGGCCCGGCUACGAGUACGAGAUGAAGCUGUUCACGGAGUACCCGUGCGGCUCGGGCAGCGUCUACGCCGGGGUCCUCGGAGUGGCCAAGCAGAUGUUCCAGGACUGCCUCAAGGACCCGGGCAAGGUCAUCUCGUCUGGAUACAAGUACCUGGAGUACGAGAAGCGCCACGGCACCGGAGACUGGCGCCUCCUCGGAGAGCUCUUCACCGAAGGUGUGCGCUUUUUCCGAGAGGCCCCUGCGCACGACGCCCUUCCCCAGCAGUUCCUGGACGGCAACUGCGCCAUGCCGCCCAGCCUCCUGCUGAGGGCCGUGCCCCCGUCGCGGGCCGUCAUGCGGAGGCGCAAGGCCUCUCCCGAGCCAGAGGGGGAGCUGGCCGGCAAGCUGACCGGCGAGGAACAGCAGCAGAGGCAGCACUGGCUGCCCCAGGGGUCGGGAGGCCUCUACCCGUCGGGCAUGGCCCACCUGCCCGCCUCGGCUGGCCAGGGGCCCUUGCCUGAAGGCUCCUUGCGGAACGACCCCUCGCCCAUCACAGCCCUCAAGAACGUGGCCGACACCCUGGGGACCAAGGAAGCCAACCCGGUCCACUCCACCACCGCCCGGCAAAACAGCGCCAGCCCGGCAUCGCCCGCCGCCUCGGGGCAACACCGCCUGGUCCCGCGAAACGGCGAGCCGGGCCCAGCGACCACCACCUCCUCCUCCUCCUCCUCUUCCUCCGGGGCCCACUCUUCCGGGGGAGUUGAGCCCAGCGGUACACAGAGCGCCCCUGAUUCCUCGGGGGCUGCCAGCAGCGCCCCUCUGUGUUGCACCAUCUGCCACGAGCGCCUGGAGGAUACCCACUUUGUCCAGUGCCCCUCGGUGCCCGGGCACAAGUUCUGUUUCCCUUGCUCCCGGGAUUUCAUUAAAGCCCAAGGAGCCGCGGGAGAGGUGUAUUGCCCCAGCGGCGAGAAAUGCCCCCUGGUGGGAUCCAACGUCCCCUGGGCCUUCAUGCAGGGCGAGAUCGCCACCAUCUUAGCCGGAGACGUUAAAGUAAAAAAGGAGCGCGACCCCUGAGAAGGGGUGGGGGGGGCAGCCUCUGGGUCAGGGGAUGCCUGUGCGCACCCUUUGAAACCCUCUCCCACCCGCUGUGGCAGUGACUGGAAUUAACUUAUUCCCCGCCUGACACCCUCUUCAGCCAGCCGUGGACUGGGGCGAUCAUUGUACAUAAAUCUAUUUUUUAAAUAAUAUUUCCAUAGCAAGCUUAUAUAUGAAGCCACAUCUAUGUAACCUACUACAGGGGGUCUGGGAAGGGUGGGGUGGGCGUUA